GAGGCACCAUGUGGCGCCGUCCACCGGGGCUGCUGCUCCUGCUGUUGCUGCUGCUGGCCGGCGAGUUGGGCGUGGGCGCCCGGCGGGGUCGUAGGCGCCGGGAGCUAGCACCUGCUCUGCACCAGCGCGGCAUCCGGGACGCGGCGGGCCGGUACUGCCAGGAGCAGGACCUCUGUUGCCGCGGCCGCGCGGAUGACUGCGCCCUGCCCUACCUGGGUGUCACCUGUUACUGUGACCUCUUCUGCAACCGCACCGUCUCCGACUGCUGCCCUGACUUCUGGGAUUUCUGCCUCGGCGUGCCACCCCCCUUCCCCCCCAUCCAAGGAUGUAUGCACAAGGGUCGCAUCUAUCCAGUCUUGGGAACCUACUGGGACAACUGUAACCGUUGUACCUGCCAUGAGAAAGAGCAGUGGGAGUGUGACCAGGAACCAUGCCUGGUGGACGAAGACAUGAUCAAGGCCAUCAACCAAGGCGACUAUGGCUGGCGGGCUGGAAACCACAGUGCCUUCUGGGGCAUGACCCUGGAUGAGGGCAUUCGCUACCGCCUAGGCACUGUCCGCCCAUCUUCCUCCGUCACUAACAUGAAUGAGAUUCAUACAGUGCUGGGUCCAGGUGAGGUGCUGCCCAGAACCUUCGAGGCCUCUGAGAAGUGGCCCAACCUGAUCCACGACCCUCUAGACCAGGGCAAUUGUGCAGGCUCCUGGGCCUUCUCCACAGCAGCUGUGGCAUCCGAUCGAGUCUCAAUCCAUUCUCUGGGGCACAUGACACCCGUCCUGUCGCCCCAGAACUUGCUGUCUUGUGACACGCACAACCAGCAGGGUUGCCGUGGUGGGCGACUGGAUGGCGCCUGGUGGUUCCUGCGCCGUCGAGGGGUUGUGUCUGACCACUGCUACCCAGUCUCCGGCCAUGGGCGGGACGAGGCUGUCCCCGCACCCCCCUGCAUGAUGCACAGUCGGGCCAUGGGUCGGGGCAAACGCCAGGCCACCGCGCGCUGCCCCAAUAGCUAUGUCCAUGCCAAUGACAUCUACCAGGUCACUCCUGCCUACCGCCUCGGCUCCAACGAGAAGGAGAUCAUGAAGGAGCUGAUGGAGAAUGGUCCUGUCCAAGCCCUCAUGGAGGUGCAUGAGGACUUCUUCCUAUAUAAGAGCGGUAUCUACAGCCACACACCAGUGAGCCUCGGGAGGCCGGAGCGAUACCGCCGGCAUGGGACCCAUUCGGUCAAGAUCACAGGGUGGGGCGAGGAGACGCUGCCCGACGGGAGGACCGUCAAGUACUGGACGGCGGCCAACUCGUGGGGCCCGGCCUGGGGCGAGAGGGGCCACUUUCGCAUCGUGCGCGGCGCCAACGAGUGCGACAUCGAGAGCUUCGUGCUGGGCGUCUGGGGCCGCGUGGGAAUGGAGGACAUGGGACACCACUGAGGCCGCGGGCACCACACCGGGAAGAGCCCACCUCGUGGGGCGGCAGCCCCCCGCCCCGCCUGCCCGUCCGCCCGACGGGACUCCAGGCGCCAGGGGGCUAAUCCCUGCGCGGUUCCGCUGACGCAGCGCCCGGCCUGGGAGCCGCGGGCUGGCCGGAGCCCCCAGACCUCCCAGCGGGGCUGGGCAGGGGCUGGCCCGGGAGGAGCAAGACCCCCAAGCAGGAUCACCGAAGCCAGGACACCCUGCCCCACCCCCAGUCUCCAGCCCACGACCUCACCCACCCUUGUACUUUUAUUCUUCAAAGAUAUUUAUUUUUCUUUUCACUCUUUUAAAAUUAAAAAAAAAAAGUAUUGGUAA